AUGAACGCCACGGGAGAGUCCUCGGGGCCCCGUUCAGCUCGCAUGUGGGUGCUUGCGACGAACCCCUCGACACCCCAGCCCGUUGAUGUAGGAUUUCACCAUGUUGGUCUCCCUUCCCCGCUCCUGAGCAUCAGUGUGCUGGAGAUGUACGCGACUUUGUGA